AUGCGAGAGAGGGGGCUUCAGUAUGAUGGCAAAACAGUGCAAGUUGAGGAGCAACGGGUGAUAUUUCUACACACGAUAGCCCAUAAUGUUAAGAACCGAGUUAUGGUUCUUAGACAUGGCCACUGUGGUGAGACCAUAAGUCGGUAUUUUAACAUAGUAUUGGAUGCAAUAAUAAAACUGUAUCCAGUAUUAUUGAAGCCCCCAAGUACCACAACGCCUCAGUGUAUCUCAAAAGACCGCAAAAGGUUCUACCCAUACUUCAAGGAUUGCAUUGGAGAUAUCGAUGGUUCGCAUAUCCCAGCAUGGGUUACGGCUGACAAACAUCGGAGAUUUCGUGAUAGGAAGGGUGAUAUAUCUCAUAAUAUCUUAGCUGCUUGCGAUUUUGACAUGAAGUUUACAUACAUACUUUCUAGCUGGGAAGGAUCGGCAUCAGAUGCUCCAAUCUUAGAUGAUGCCAUUCAUAGGGAAGGAGGAGGAAAACUAGUGGUACCCCGAGGUAAAUUUUAUCUUGUCGAUGUUGGAUUUGCCAACCAGAGUGGGUUCUUGCGACCAUAUCGCAAUGUUAGGUAUCAUCUGAAAGAGUGGAACAAUUCCAAUUUGAGGCCAACUGAUAAAAAAGAGUUGUUUAACUUGCGACAUUCUAGUCUGUGCAAUGGUGCAGCUGCAGGACCCAGUUCAAGUGCCCAACCCAAUCAGAGAUGCGAAGCAGAUGUGGAAGAUAAUGAUUCUGACAUUGAUGAUGAGAGUAUGGGUAAUGUUGAUUGUAACCAGUUCCGAGAGCAGCAAGCUGACAACAUGUGA